UACCAACAAUUGAGAAUAUGAAAUUCAUUUAGUGACGGUUAUGAUGCACAUCGUCAGUUGGAGUUAAUCGCCAAAAAACAUUUAAUCCAUAGAUAUUUAUGUUUAUAAUUCAUGAACUCUUCAGGAGGGAGGUGGUAAAGUGAGAGUCCGUAUAAAAGCUGAUUUCUUUCCUCUGGCAGGACACAGAGUACUUUGUGUUUCUUGAGUGAUUAUACUCCAAUAAGAUUAAAAAUAAUUUCACGCUUGUAUAGCUGUCUGCACACCUUUUACUUCUCCAGUGAAUAACCACUUUUUUUUUCUCCAGGAGUUAAAUAUGAAAUUUUUGAUAUUAGCAAUGAUUAUCGGGACAGUAUUUGGCCAAAAUUAUCAUUCAGGCCGGCAACAGCACUCACCACAACCGGCAACAUCAGGACAGUAUCAAGAAGAGCAUCAAAGGUCAAUAAAUAAUGAGAGACAAUUCAGUACUACUACAUACGUGCCGAUUUUGCAAUGGAAUAAAGAACAAGAACACGACGGAACAUAUAGAACUAGUUAUGAGACUGGCAAUAACAUUGUUGCAGAAGAGAGUGGAUAUGUAAAAACUAUCGGCGAAGGUGAUAAUAAGGCCGAAGCUCUUGUUCAACAGGGUAGUUACUCAUAUACCAGUCCCGAAGGUCAAAUUAUCACUAUUCAUUACACUGCGGAUGAAACUGGCUUCCAUGCAACCGGCGAUCAUAUUCCCACUCCACCACCAGUCAGCGAGGAAAUUCAGAAGGGUCUUGAUCUUAUUUAUGCUGGAAUACGUCAACAAGAGGAAACCGCUGCACGGGAAGCCGCACAAAAAGCUCAACAACCCUUCAAUCAGCAGAUUGAUAGACAGCAGGAUAAUAAAAAUUAUCGUUUAUAACUUUUAUCACUCCUGAAAGGAAAAAUCACUUUGAAAUACUUAAGUAUCAUUGGAUAACCAUAACCAUAGUCAGUUUAUGAAUUAUUUAUCAAAUAUUAUAUUAUACUAGGAAAUGUCGGAGAAUGGCUUUCAAUAAUUUUUUUUGUCUACUCUUUUGAAACAACAUCAGAGAAUAAACCAUAAUUCAAUCAAUAA